CAUCACGGUCCCAUUUCUCUUAAAAACGUCGAAAACGUGUAGUUGUUUCACGGCAGUUGAAAUUCUCGCGCGGACCAAAGGCUAAAUUCGUAAUUCAAAUUCCAUCUUAGAAGAAAAAUAUAAAUAAAUAAAGAGCUUCAAAAUCCAUUUCCAUGGCGUUCGAGCUUUUGCUUCUGCAACUCAUCCUUUUCUAACAAUGGCAACACCUAAACCUCUCCUUUCUCUCUCUCUCUUCCUCUCUUCAAUUGUGUGAAUAUGGAUUCAUUACUUUCCAAUGCUUAAUCCCUACGUCAUUUCCAUAGCCCUAAACCUCUUCUUCUUCUUCUUUUUCUUCUUUUUCAUUACCUGUUCGAUUCUUCAUCGAUUUUGGUUUCUUACAGGAAUGGCGGAGGUUGCGAAGUUGCUUUACAUAGUUGUGGUGGAUGAAGAAGAAAAGCCAGAGAAAGAGAAAACGUCUUUCAGAUACACUCGUCAUGUUCUACAGAGUACUCUUCAGCUUAUGGGCUGCAAACCUCGACACGCUUUCAAGAUAAGUAAAUGGGUAUUCGAAUUGAUAAGAAAGGAAGCUUCAACUGAAAAUUUUCUCCCUGAAGAGUGGAACGUAUUGGGAUCUAUUUCCUUGGGUGGAAAUACUGAAAGUGAUGGUAAUCAAUACUAUAAUUGCUUGGAUGGAAAGGAGACUUUCAACCAGGGUUCAAGAGAAGGUGACAACAGCAACAAUAUUCCAUUCGAGUUGUAUAAAAGAAGCAGGACUGCUGUUGUUGGAAGAGAAUCUUUUUUAGAUGUUAUUUGUGAUUCUCUGGCCAAGUACAAGUACGUUGGUCCCAACCAGAGGGCAGAUUUGAUCUUGGCAUGCAGAAUUCGAGAAAGGAAGGAGUCGGUAACUGUACUGUUAUGUGGUACUAGCGGCUGUGGCAAAUCCACUUUGUCAGCGCUGCUGGGUAGUAGGUUGGGAAUUACAACAGUGAUUUCAACUGACUCUAUACGACACAUGAUGAGGAGCUUCGUGGAUGAGAAACAAAACCCACUGCUUUGGUCAUCUACCUACCAUGCUGGGGAAUUUUUGGAUCCUGUGGCUGUGGCUGAAUCUAAGGCUAGGAAGAAAGCAAAGAAAUUGGCUGGAAUUUCACACAAGCACCUGAAGGAUGAAACUGCUAAUGGUUUAAUUUCCAGAAACUCAGACAACCCAUUAACAGGGUCAGCAAAAGUAACGAACAAUUUGGAAUUAAUCAGUCCAAAACAGAUGGCUAUUGAAGGAUUUAAAGCACAGAGUGAGAUGGUGAUAGAUAGUCUUGAUCGUCUUAUUACUGCAUGGGAAGAGCGGAAAGAGUCAGUAAUUGUUGAGGGAGUUCACUUAAGUUUGAGUUUUGUGAUGGGACUAAUGAAGAAGCACCCUUCAAUUAUACCAUUCAUGAUCUAUAUAGUGAAUGAGGAAAAACACUUGGAACGAUUUGCUGUACGUGCCAAAUAUAUGACACUAGACCCAGCAAAAAAUAGGUAUGUGAAGUAUAUUCGAAAUAUCAGAACAAUUCAGGACUAUCUCUGCAACCGGGCUGACAAGCAUCUUGUCCCAAAAAUAAACAACACCAAUGUUGACAAGAGUGUUGCUGCCAUUCAAGCAACACUGUUCAGCUGCCUUCGUAGGCGAGAAGCUGGGGAGCAGCUUUAUGAUUCCUCCAGAAAUACUGUUAGUGUAGUUGAUGAGGAGUACAGAAACCAGUGUGUAGCAUAUUCAUUAAGUUCCAAAGGCAUGUUUCAGAUGAUCCAAAGAAAAGGUUCUAAGCACUUAAUGGCUCUUGUUAACACUGAUGGAUCAGUGGCAAAGGCUUGGCCUGUUGAUUCAGUUGAUAGGAACGGGAAACCUCUACUAGGCCUCAAGGAAGAUGAUAGUGUAGGGAAUUUGAUGCUUGGAUCACUUCAGAUUGGUAAGGUUGAACCAGUUAAUCUUCAGUUUGGUCUUUAUGGCAUCAGUGCUUGGCCAAGUAGCAGUGGCCCUAGUCAUGCUGGCAGCGUCGACGAGUCGAGGGCUGAAGGGACUGAUACGGGAAGUAGAUAUUUUUCUUCUUGCUGCAGUUCUCCAAGGAUAUUAGAUGGACCUUCUAAGGAGCUCAAGGAAGACAAUUCAGUUCAUGGUAGCGAUGAAGAGGUUGAUGAUCCACCUGAGUCUGGUAGCGAUGAAGAUUUUAGUGAUGAUGGCAACAAGAUAUUCCAUGAAGAGAUAGGAUCAGUUGAUGAAGAAUCUACAAAAUCAGAUGAAGAGUAUGAUGAUCUGGCUAUGCAGGACAUCUUAGAUAGUGGCUACCAAUCAGAUGAAGAUGAUAAAGUUAAAACAAAAGUAGAACAUGAUUUUAUGGAUAAAUUUAGACUCAUAAAGGGGUUGAAGUAUAGCCAAAACCUGGAACCAUUCCAACAGAAUAAGAAAGGGACAUUUGAGCCUCUCCACUCUUACCCAUCUAUUCAUACAGAGAAGAAGAAUGAAGCAGUUUGCUAACUUGUGAAAAUCUCAAAAUGCAUAAUGCUCCCGAGCCAUGUCCAAGAUAUAAUAGCUUCUAAUGAUCACAAGCUCCAGGUGUGGAUUUGUUUUCUUGGAUUGUAGCAUUUCAACAUGUGAAUGAAUUGUACUUAAGCCUCUAGUUUGUUUAGUUAGGUUUGUUCUUUUUUUUCUUCUUUUUGUAAUACUUUACCAAUGAAGUAGGAUCUCUCUUCUUAGAGGGUAAUGACUUGUACUAAAGACUAAAGAUUUCAGUAAAAAACUUGCUUAUGUCACAA